AUGGCUCUUCACAACUACCUCUACUUCAAGCACGAAGACAGCAAUAUCAGAAAAAUUGCCAGUGUCAACGAUGCCUGCAAUAAGCCACAAACCCUUCAUAGUAAAGUAACCAAAAGAAAUGGAAAACAGAAGAUUCCAGUUACUGGCACAGAGUUGUCAGUGGAAGCAGUUCAAAGUUAA